AUGUUUGGCGGCGGCAGCACGCACCAGUCACAAGAGUCUCCUGCCGGACGUCACACUCCAGUACGACCGUCGCCUUCUUCGAGCACCCAUGCGCCGCGCGUGGUAGCUUCGUCUGCUGAUGUUCCCAUGGCCGAUUCGGCAGCCCCGCAGUCGAGCUCAACAUCAGGACAGCGAUCGCAGCAGCAAAACAGCUCAGAGCCCAACACCACCACACCCGCUGCCGAACAAGCAGUACCGACACCACCCAGUCCACACUUUCGACCCCACUCACAACAGCCGACGCCUUCGGGCACAGACCCCGCCUCAACAAACACUCGAACCGUUCCCUCGUCAGGCUCAGCACAGUCCUUGCGAUCGCCGGAAGCAUCUCCAACCCGUAUCAAAGUCAAGAGUCUGUCACACAUCCAAAGUUUUGCAAUCGAUGAGUCCAGUCCCUUCUCUCAGUCGCGCUCGCUCGCACGGCGGCAGCGACGAGACCCUGCAGAGGUUGGGCCUCAGUAUGAGAUCAGCGAGAUGCCCGUUUCCGACAUAAUUGAAAUGGUAGCUGGAUUGUUGACCAAGAUUACGACGACCAACGAUCGCCAGCACGACCAUCUACACCGCCAAAUUCCACCAUCUGAGGGCACAUCAGGGUUGAGCCAACAGACCACCAGCGUUUUGGCCUUCCACGGAAAGAACGUCCCCAGCAUCUCAAUUCUCAGCUAUCUCAGCAGAAUCCACAAAUACUGUCCUACCACUUACGAGGUCUUUCUGAGUCUACUCGUCUACUUCGACAGAAUGACAGAGAGGGUAAAUGCUGGCCCCAUGUCUGGUCUUCGCAAGGCUAAUCAACAGUCUGUGGAACAUUCAAAGUCUACAAUGUCAGCGAAUCCGACCCCAUCAGACAGCACACGACCUGCAUCGGCUUCCGCUCAGGCGGCGACACCUCCUCCGUCAGGCUCCCUAGGCAAGCCAUCGCAAACGCCGCGUGAAGGUCUUCAGCCGCCUUCACCACCUCAGCAAGAUCUCGACAUGGAUGGAUUAAACCUUUCACACUUCUUUGUUGUCGAUAGUUUCAACAUACACCGUCUCGUCAUAGCCGGUGUUACAUGUGCCAGCAAGUUCUUCUCCGACGUCUUCUAUACAAACUCGAGAUACGCAAAGGUCGGCGGUCUACCGUUAGUCGAACUGAAUCACUUGGAGUUGCAAUUCCUGCUGUUGAACGACUUUCGCCUCGCUGUACCCCUGGAAGAGAUGGAGGCGUAUGGAACGAUGUUGGUCGAGUUCUACGCACGUGAAGUUGCUGAACAGCACGAACGAGAAAACGGCGUGAAACAGUAA